UUCCUGUUUCUUUACGUCAGUGACGAACUCACCUGGGCAUAAAAACGGCGGCUACGCGAGGGGAGCUAGCUGUGUGCUAACCAGGCAGCUAGAAACAGGUUUAUCACAAAAUAACGUGAAUUAAAGAUUCAAUUAAAUGAAUAAAUGUCGCUCUUCAUCAGGCGGGCUUGUCUCCGUGGUUCCCCUCAUGGACAGGGGCAAGGUGGGCAGCCAUUUCUGCCCAGCAGCGGCGGAUAAUGACACUUCAUAUCCCGGUGUACGGGCUAAUUUAAUUCCCGGGGACUGUAGCGGAUACACCCCCCUCUUGUGGAGGCUUUUGCGGGAUUGCACACACUCCUCUCCCCCCUCUCUCUCUCUCUCUGUGGAGGUUUUCCUAACGUGAGGCUCCAUCAGACCUCUCUUCGCCUUUUGUCCGAGCGGCUCAAACGGCUUAACUGUGUUUUCAUAAGCCCCCGUGAAUAUCCAGCACGAAAUCCGACCAGCCCACCGGAUUGUGGAGCGGCGGACCGUCUCGUCUCCUCCUCAUCAUCCUCCUCCUCCUCCUCCUCCUCCUCCUUCUUCCUUCCUCCUCCUCCUCCUAUCUCUGCCUGCACUAUAUGUUACAUUUCCAGCCCCUCUCCUCUCGCCUAUUUUACGCAAGCGGCGUAGCGACACAAGUGCGCAGCCGAGAGGGAGAGAGCGAGGCACGGCAAGGAGGGAGCCCGGGCACCGGAGCGACGACGCGGCGACAGCAGCUGAAGCAGCGGCGGUGGUUGUGGUGGUGGUGUGUCAGUCUUUGUUGGAAACUGGUGGAUCUUGUUUAUUCUCCGGAUUUUGGAUCGGGCUGAUAGGAUAACUUCACACGGGACAAAACCUGCCGUCUUCCAUGCCAUCCACCGAUCCGCUUCGCCCGGCGUGUUGACGCCAGCGGAGAGGGGGGGAAGCUCGGGAGGCUGCACCGGGAGGAGCGCGUGUUGACAGGCGGAGGCGACAUGAAGAUCCACGCGUUUCCGUCCACCAGCUGCCCCGCAUAGAUGCAAACAAAACGGCGUGCUAUGGUUUCUUUAUGGGUUUUUAAAUGGGAUUUCAGGGGCUUAUGAUGCAGCAACGUGGGUCGGCGGCAGCAGCAGCAGCUUACAACCGGAGACAAGGAAAGAGAUGCUGCACGCUUGAGGUUUUUGCACCGUAGGGCAGCGUGUUAUUGACGGUUUGCACGUUGGGGAAAUAAUGCAUCGAGACACAACUUUGUUCACGGGCCUGACAGACUGCGAGACGCGUGAUUAUCCCUCAUAAAAGUACAUUUAUUUCUUCGCAGAGGCGCAUGCUCCGGUAAUCCUGUUAUUCUUGAAUACACAGCUCAGUGCUCCAGUGCCAUUUAUCUGCCAGCCCCCGGAGCCCUGUGCUGUUUUUAUGAUUAGUGCUGUUUAAAAACCCUGCAGUCUGCUGGUGUCAGUGGUUGUGUUGUGUAGAUGAAACCCCUCACAGAGGUGUAGGUGUUAUUGCACAUGUAGGCAGGGCCCUACCCUCAUGCACAUCCUGUCGAUAGCGAGAUAAAGACAGCUCGGGCUGUUUAUGCUGCUCUGCAAGUGUCACGGGGGUGUGUUUAAAAUCCCGCAUAUACACGGUGUGUUUUUAUGUUUGGAGGCAGCAGAUCGGCUGCUCGCCACAGAGCGGACUCUGUCGAAACCCUGUGCUGAGAAACUCUGCAAGGAAACGUCUCCAAGAAAAAGUUUUCAAUGGUUUUCCGAAAGUUGCCCGGUGUGUCGGCAUCGGGCAUGGGUCUGCGCCUGUCCCAGAAAUUCGUCUUUCUGCUCUUUCUCUCGGGUUUGGUAACUCUCUGCUUCGGGGCCCUUUUCUUUCUGCCAGACUCAGUCCGGCUAAAACGCAUCUUCCUGUCCAAGACAGAGACGCAGCCGGUCACCGUCGGCUCCGGGUCCGAGAACGAUGCCCGGGAGCACCUGAAGAGAGCCGGUAAGGAGCCGGAGCACCCGCGGGGUGUGACCUCUGCCAAGGGGGAGACCAGCACCAAGCUGAAGAGCCUGAUCCGCAAACCGCCCGUCUCUCAAGAGGCCACGGAGGAGCGGCUGGCCGGGGACAGGGCGCAGGAGGAUCUGACUCUGUCCCGGUCGAGGACGCAGUCCGCCUCGGAGAGAGUGACCUCCCCUGACCGCGGUGCCGGCUCGGAUACUUUCAGUUACAAGAAGUACACGAGGUGUCUGCUCAAACCUCCGCUGGGGAGGGAUGGCGGCAAGCCGAGCGACCCCAAGACCGAGGAGCGCCGGGUGAAAGUCAAAGAGAUGAUGAAGUUUGCCUGGGACAACUACAAGCUCUACGCCUGGGGCAAGAAUGAGCUGCGGCCUCUGACGAGAAACGGCCACAUUGGCAACAUGUUUGGUGGCCUGAGAGGAGCAUCCAUCAUUGACUCACUGGACACACUGUAUAUAAUGGGGUUGAUGGAGGAGUAUAACGACGCCAAGGAGUGGGUGCAGACCAGCCUGGACCUAAACUCGAACGGCGAGGCAUCACUCUUCGAGGUGAACAUCCGUUAUGUCGGUGGGCUGCUGUCGGCGUACUACCUGACAGGAGAGGAGCUGUUCAGGAGUAAAGCGAUGGAGCUGGGAGAGAAGCUGCUGCCUGCCUUCAACACGCCGACAGGAAUCCCCAGAGGAGUCAUCAACCUGGGGAGUAGUGGAACCAGUUGGAGUUGGGGCUGGGCCUCAGCCGGGAGCAGCAUCCUGGCUGAGUUCGGGACUCUCCACCUGGAAUUCGUCCAUCUGACUGAGCUCUCCAACAAUCCCAUCUACACAGAGAAGGUGAUGAACAUCAGGAAACUUCUGAACAAGAUUGAAAAACCUCACGGCCUGUAUCCCAACUUCCUCAGUCCAGUCAGCGGCAACUGGGUCCAACAUCAUGUUUCCAUCGGUGGUCUCGGGGAUAGCUUCUACGAGUACCUGAUCAAAUCAUAUCUGAUGUCAGACAAGACAGAUGAUGAUGCAAAGAAGAUGUACUAUGGAGCACUGGAGGCGAUUGAAGCUAACCUGGUACAGAAGUCAACCGGUGGCCUCACCUACAUGGCUGAGUGGAGAGGUGGGAUCCUGGAUCACAAGAUGGGCCACCUGGCCUGCUUUUCCGGGGGAAUGAUCGGCAUCGGAGCUGAUGAUGGAGCUCCGGACAAGAGGCAACACUACCUGGACCUGGCUGCAGAGAUCACGCACACGUGUCACGAGAGCUACACACGCUCAGCCACCAAACUGGGACCUGAGGCGUUCAGAUUCGACGCCGGCGCUGAAGCUACAGCAACAAGGCUGAGUGACAGAUACUACAUCCUGAGACCUGAAGUCAUCGAGAGCUACAUGUACAUGUGGAGACUCACACACGACCCCAAGUACAGAGACUGGGGAUGGGAGGCCGUUGAGGCCCUGGAGGAGCACUGCAGAGUGGAGUCUGGCUUCUCCGGGAUCCGAGACGUUUACACCAUGACAGUCAGCCACGACAACAUGCAGCAGAGCUUCUUCCUCUCAGAGACUCUCAAGUAUCUGUACCUUCUCUUCUCUGACGACGACCUCCUCCCGCUGGAGGACUGGGUCUUCAACACAGAAGCUCACCCGCUGCCCAUCAUCCGCAAGAGCUGCCUGCAGGACGAGGCCACACAGGAUAAGACGGUUUCCAACUAAGACUGAACACACAGACACACACACACACACACAGACACACACACACACACACACACACACACGCAAACACACACACGCACACACACCAAGUCAAAGCAGGUUCAGAGUAUUUCAGGAGCGUGUUAUGGACUCUUCAAUUCCUUUCCAGUAAAGGAUGUUGUCGUUUUACGCUGUGAUUGUAUAUCCUUUCGCCGGGGUUACUUCCUGCUGGCACUUCUUUUUUGUGGACAAUCAAGACAAACAUGACUUUCAUGAAAAGAGCACCUUUUUCUUUCCUUCUUUCCUCUGUGAGGAAACCAGUAUAACUUCAGACCCAAAUGUGUGGGAGGAGGGUUGAACCAUGGGCCAUAUUGUUAGAAAGAGAGAGAAACGUAUAGAAAACCACUUGAGUUUUGCUCUUUGAUUUUGUUUCGUUAACCUUGAAUGAUGAAUGACUCUCCUCGGAUCUUGUCACGGCAUUUUUUCCUUUGUGAGUUCCACUCUCUGACCAAAGGUUUCUUUGCAUCUCCUUCCCAUCUUUUCCAGUAAACGUGUUUUUGGUGAGAUUUGACGGAACAAGGGUUGAAGUCUAAUGAUUAUUAACUAAUGUACAGACAAAUAUGAAAUGUGAUUCUGGAACCCACGUCCAAACUAAUGUUGAUGUCAUGUUUCCUACUGAAACAAGCUUGAAUGAUGUUUUUUAAAGUGAGGAAAGUGUUCCGUGUCUUAUGCAUCCAGGGACCAUAUUUUAACAGAUGAUGUUGGCUUGUGUUCGGGAAGCGGGACAGUGCUGUCUCAGUCCUCUCAGCCUUUCAAAUCAGAGACACGAAUGGAGAUCUGUCAGUUCUGUGACUGUGAUACAAGCUCAAUGGGAAAAGAAAGAAUUUGCCAGUUUGCUCCGAAUGGGUUUUCCUGUUUCUGUCGUAGUUUUUCUGCCUUUACAUGUGAAUCCAUUGAGCUGCCAAUACUGAUUUAAAGGCUGUUAGACUGCAGAGACCGGUUUUCAUUUUCACCACCAUUCUUUUCAUCACAGCUACAGAGCGAAUGUGCUGUACAUACAGAUGAAGUGAGAGACCCCUGUAUGAGCUUGUCUUGACUUUUCUUUGUGAUCGUUUUCUUAAUUUCUCUAAACUUCAGUGGUUAUUUUUUCUGGGUUCUCUUUUGAUUUGCUUCCCUCAGGUGUUUCAGUACAAAAAAAAAGGAAAAACAUUUAAAAAGUUCUGAUUUUAAGUCUAGUUAAUGCUGAUAUUAAUUAUUGUUAUGACUUAUUCUUACUGUUUGUUUUAACUUUCAUUGUUGAAUAUUUUCAAAUACUGAUAAAAAUAA